GCCGCCCCCACCGCCGCCCCUCCCCCCCCCAACUCGGCCCCACAACAGACGGGGAGUAACAAAGUGUUGGCCUGGAGCGGAGUGCUGGAAUGGCAGGAGAAACCCAAACCGGCUUCGGUGGAAUCGGGGACCAAGUUGACGAGGUCGUUACCGUGUCAGGUCUAUGUAAAUCAGGGCGAGAAUCUACCACUUUGGGUCCUUUGUUCCGUAAUUCCCGGAUGGUGCAGUUUCAUUUUACCAACAAGGACCUGGAAUCGCUUAAAGGACUUUAUCGCAUUAUGGGGAAUGGAUUCGCUGGCUGUGUUCACUUCCCCCACACGGCUCCCUGCGAGGUGCGGGUGCUGAUGCUGCUCUACUCAUCCAAGAAGAAGAUCUUUAUGGGGUUGAUCCCGUACGACCAGAGCGGCUUCGUCAACGGGAUCCGACAGGUCAUCACCAACCACAAGCAGGUGCAGCAGCAGAAGAUCGAGCAGCAGAGAGGGUUGGGGGGCGCAGCCCCAUUCCUGCCCAAGCAACCAGUCGGAGCCCAGGUAUGGGGUGGAUAUGGGGUUAUGGGGUUAUGGGGUGGU